AUGACGAACUGUGGCAGCGACGGGGUUCGACGGAAACAAGGCCACGGCGAAGGGGGUCGACGGAAACAGAGCCCAACGGAGAGGAUGAGGCACUGUACUGCUGGGUCGUGUCUCGUGGGUCGAGCUUGCGUCAGCGACGGAGACGACGAAGAUUCUUCCUGUUUCGAUGUGGCGGCGUUCGGAUGCGAUGAACGAAGGAGGGAUCGACGGCGUGACUCGUCGUGCGCCAGGCGAGGGAGAGAGCGAUGCAAUAGCGAUUUAGUGGUCUAG